CCCUCUUCGGAAAGAAAAAUGUUCAUUUCUAGAGAAGAAGAAGAGAUUUCUUUGCCUCCAGAGAUGGUUACCGAGUCAAUGGAAGUGGCAUCCCACCUGUGCUCCAACCCAGAUCCAUUCGAUGGGCUUCCACCGGUUUCUGAACUUCUCAUAUCGCCUCCUACUCCGGCGGUUUAUAUGGAUGUGAAUGUGGUUCCAGAGCAUGAAAAGGAAUCGCUUGAACGAACAAUCUUGAAUCUCGAAGGAGAGAUAUUGGAACUGAGGUCGAAGCUGAGAUCUUUGGAUGAGAAGCGGAGAGAAGCUCUGAAUAAGAUACUUGACCUAAAAGGUAGCAUCAGAGUCUUCUGUAGGGUUCGACCUAUUCAAUCUACUGAUAUGAGAAGAACUCGAGAACCCAUUUCCGCUGGAUCAGAUAAAAUUGUGGUUAGGUCGGCCGGAAGUCGUAAAGAAUACGGUUUUGAUAAAGUGUUUACUCAAGAGGCAAGCCAAGAGGAUGUCUUUGUGGAGGUUGAACCAAUAAUCAGAUCUGCACUUGACGGGCACAAUGUAUGCAUUUUAGCAUAUGGGCAAACUGGUACUGGGAAGACAUUUACUAUGGAGGGAUCAAAUGAUCAAUUGGGGAUUGUUCCUCGGGCACUAGAAGAGCUCUUCCGUCAGGCUUCUCAGGAUAGCUCGGCUUCAUUUAAUUUCUCAAUGAGCAUGUUGGAGGUUUACAUGGGUAGUCUCAGGGAUUUACUGGCCCCAAAGCCAUCUGCUAGAGCUUAUGAAAUUUCCUCUAAUAAAUGCAAUCUGAACAUUCAGACAGACCCAAAUGGAGCUGUGGAAAUUGAGAAGCUCACGGAUGUGACUAUCUCUGAUUUUACACAAGCAAAUCGGUGGUACACAAAAGGGAGGCGUGCAAGAUCGACAUCAUGGACGAAUGUAAAUGAGGCAUCUAGUAGAUCCCACUGCUUAACUAGAGUUACGAUUGGGCGAUCAUGGAGUCUGGCGGAAGGUAAAACAGAAGUCAGCAAACUGUGGAUGGUGGACCUUGGAGGAAGUGAACGAUUGUUGAAGACGGGAGCGGUUGGGCAGACUCUUGAUGAGGGAAAAGCCAUAAAUCUCUCUCUCUCAGCUUUGGCGGAUGUAAUUGCAGCCCUCAAAAGAAAGCUUCGUCACAUCCCUUACAGAAAUAGCAAGCUAACACAAAUUCUCAAAGAUUCCCUUGGCAAUAGUUCAAAGGCACUGAUGCUUGUGCAUAUAAGCCCAUGCGAGGAAGAUGUUGCUGAAACAACCUGUUCCUUAAACUUUGCGAAGAGGGCGAGAGCGGUAGUGUCCAACAGAGAAUUUCCAGAGGAAUUGAAGAAGCAGCAGGAAAAGAGGAUGUCUGAGCUCCAUGAAGAAAUGAGAGAAGCUGAAGAAGAAUGUCAGAAACUAAGGAACAAAUUACAGAAAGCUGAGUUUCUGUUACAUAAAAAUAAGAAGCUUUUCUCAACCACAUAUCAGGUUCUUGAACAUCCAGAUGAGAUGCCAGUAAACCACAUAGAGGAUCUUAAAGAAGUCAUAGCAACUCCUCGAACAGCUGAUAGAGCAGUUCGAAAAAACAUGUCUUGUUCUUUGCCUCGUUUCAUGACUUCUACUGUUGCAAGUCGCCAAAGGCAUAGUGCUGCAGAUGGAGAAAUUAAUGGAAGAACGAAUGGAGAAAUUAAUGGAAGGGUGAGAAUUUCAAGAUUAGGGCUAGGGGCUAGAAGUUCAAUCCUGUUUACAGGGUCCCAGUCCCUUAGUUAUUCAGAUGCUCAUUUCAAAGUAAGCUUACAAAAUUCAAAUAAGAAGUCCCGGCAUGGAGAACCAAAGAAUUUGCUUACAGAGAGUCCUGAUUUCAAUGGCUUGGAGUCAAGGACGUCCUCUAUACCACAAUACAAAAGAGUUACUAGUUCUUACUCGAAUUUGAGAGUCACGCAGUGUCACCAUAGAAGAAGGAUGUCUGAUCUGAUCUAAAUGAAGGGAACCCUGUAACAGAGUUUUUUCUAACUUUUGUAAAAUUUGUUUUCUUGUCAUGUUUUUAUUUUAUUGAGUUUAUGUAGUUCUGAUGGUGUCACUUUUCAUGUACACAGCAGUGUCUCCCCUUUUACUGUGAGAUCUGUUAUAUAUUUGUGUGUAUAAUCCUCAAGAACCACUUGGGGCAGAGCUUUCUGAUGUUUCUUUGAUUGUUGUCAACAUAUUUGAGAACUGUAUUGUACCUUCGUUUGGAC